UUAUUUUCUGCUGGUAUCUUUUGCCGGGAUUCACCACAGUUCGAUGACCUGUUUGGCUUCUCGGUGGGGGAUGUGCUGAAUGAGGUGAAACGAGGAAGCAAGCUGACCUGUAACCACUGUAAGAAAAGGGGAGCCACUGCUGGGUGUGAAGUCAAACGCUGCAAAAAGUCCUACCAUUACCCGUGUGCUCUUAAAGAGGGAGCGACGACUAUUGAAGAUGAUGACCAUGGGCGCUAUGUGAUAUACUGCUCAUCUCACUCUGAGCAGCAAACACAAAAAAGCACUUCCACAAAUGAGUUUGCCUCUUCCACCAAAAAGCCCAGAACCUCCAAAAAACUCAAAAACUCCCCAAACCCCAACGCACCCGGACCAUCUAAGGUAUGUUGCCUAACCUGUGAGAAGAGAGAAGGUAAUAUCAGCUUGGAAAGUUUGUCUAAUAGCAUUGUUAUGUCAUAUUGUGACAAACAUGCUCCUGCGUCACUUAAGAAGAACACUGACGGAGAAGGUACCGCAGCUGGAUCCUCUGUACACAGCUAUGACUCCAGCUCAUCUAACAGUACAAUGUGUAGUUCUUCCAAGAGACAGUUGAGUGACUGUGACAAGCGGGAGGAGACCCUCUUGAAACCUAAGCUUCGCCGGAAGAGGAGACUCUCUGAUUCUUCAAAUUCAGUUGACAAUGACAAUAACACUCCAAUGGAUAUAUACGCCCCAUUAGAGUCGAAAUCGCAUUGAGGAUGAAUUUAAUGAUGAAGACGACACAAUCAUAGAAUCAGAUGCUGAGUCAGAGAGUCUGCUGCUUCCCGUAAAGAUCUGCAUACAGACCCAGUCACUUACAAUGUCAGCUGGUGAACUCUCACCUCAGACUGAAUCUGCUCCACCUGAAGAUGUUCUGGUUAAUGCAGAUGUAGAGCCGGUCGUAGAUGAACACGAGGAAGGUUUACCAUAUAAUGUUUAAGGAAUUUCUAUGUUCAUAGUGUCUGUUUUUUCUUAUGUUAUUUAUCAAAGAGGAGUUUUAAAAAGUAAAAUGUUUUAAGACGGUAAUGACAGUAUGCCAGAGAUGUGUUGGAUUAAUCACUUGAAGUUAAGUUACUUGAGCAGUUUUAUAUUUUUUUUCCCAUACUCUGAUCAUUUUAUAUUUUUCAUUUUUGCAGAAAGUGUUAAUAUGUUCUAGUUUA